AUCCUGCUCGUGAUACCAUCUACUAACCAUCAACAUAAGCAGACCGAACCGGUAGCAAUCAUGUGUCACUUGAGCAUGAACAGUGACGCAGCAAGCCCAGCCGGAAAACCAGAUGACUGGCCGGCAGCCGUUUAAAAACUGCACCCAUUCCAACAAUCCACAAUCUUCCUGGCAAAUCCUUCCCCGGCCUAGCGAAGCUGAAGCUAUCCUCGUUCAAAUAGUGUUUGGUCCGCUUCGGUACAUCGCGUAAAAAUGAUGAGUCACUCCAGCACCAGCAACAAGCACACUUCUGCCGCCGUGGUACUGACCGCCAACAGCCAAGAGACCACCAGCGGUAGCGGCAGCGGUAACAUUAGUGGACCCAUCCUCGUCGCCAAAAUGUCUGAAAAAGUUCGCACCGUCAGUGACAGCGAGUCGGAAAUCAACUACGAUAUGUUCAGUACCAGCGUCACGUCGGAUGGCGGCGGAGCGUCCGUGAUGAAUACGUCGCAAAUUUCCAAUGCUUCCUCGGAUUCGACGCACAUCAAGAGUGCCAAUCUGACGCGGUCCCAGAACAUCGGAGGGUCCUGUCGUUUCCCCAAGCUAGAAGAAUGCGCCCACUUCCACUACGAACGGGUUCAGCUGGGCAAAUUGUCCAUCCGAUUGGUGUCGGACGAAAAGACCGAUUCCCAACUGCAAGGACAAAGCGGCCAAUCUUCCCUGCUGACGAGUACGGAUCUUAGCACCUCCCAAACCAGUAAUGGUGGCGCUGGUGUCACUAAUCUGCUGGGCGGAAGGAAUAAUUGGUUCAUUCUUCGUAUUACUGCUGGCCGGUCGGAUUCCUUUCUGAUAAAGCGAUCCUUCGAAAACAUGCGCUUCCUGGACGAGAUGUUGCAUCGGUGUGUGUACGAUCGACGGGUGAGUGAGCUGGAGGAUUUGAAGGAGAUGGACAUUUCCGAUAGGGUGGAUGAUGAGCUGGAGACGAUCGUAGGGGUUUACCUGAAUCGCCUGUCAGCGAUAGCUUCGGAUGCCAUGACAUGCGGUCCGGUACUGACAUGGCUGCAGAUCGAUAACAAGGGCCGACGGUUACCGGUGGCCGAUGAGGAAACCAUGAAGAGUAUCAAUACUCCGGCCGUUGGAGCAGCGUAUGGAGUGCGAAGGUAUGUGGCGCAAGCCUGCGACGAGAUUUCGAUUGAGGUUGGGGACAUGAUUUCCGUAAUUGAUAUGCCAAGUCCAGCGGAGUCAAUUUGGUGGCGUGGAAAGAAGAGUCAUUUACAAAAGAACCAAUAUGAAGUAGGAUUCUUCCCACAGAGCUGCGUGGCUACGAUUGGAGAUAAAGUUCCCCGGCACAUGCCUUUCCCAGCUCCACUGGUUGGUUCCUUAGCUGUGUCGCCAACAAAACCGGUUCUCAGGAAGCACGGUAAACUGAUAGCAUUCUUCCGUAGUUUCAUCCUAUCGCGGCCUUCCCGUCGACGACUGAAACAGAGCGGUAUCUACAAAGAGCGUGUGUUUUCCUGUGAUCUGGGCGAGCAUUUGCUCAACAGUGGACAAGACAUUCCAAUGGUCCUGAAGUGUUGCGCUGAAUUUAUCGAAGAGUACGGAAUUGUGGAUGGAAUUUACCGGCUGUCGGGUAUUACUUCCAAUAUACAGAAACUUAGACGUGCCUUCGACGAAGAGCGGAUUCCGGAUCUGACACAUCCGGAGAUCAAGCAGGACAUUCAUGCUGUGAGUUCCUUAUUGAAAAUGUACUUCCGAGAACUGCCAAAUCCACUUUGCACGUACCAGCUUUAUGACCACUUUGUGGACGCCAUCCAAACUCGUCUUGAUGCACCGACCGAUCUCAAACUCCGCCUGAUUCGACAGACUGUUCAGAAACUGCCUCCACCGCACUAUCGAACGCUGAAGUAUCUAGCAACACAUCUGUUGAAAAUCUCUCGCCAUUCGACUAGCACGGGCAUGACUGAGCGGAACAUAGCCAUCGUAUGGGCCCCAAAUCUGUUGCGUUCGCCUGCUCUGGAAUCGGGAGGAGUCGCGGCGCUUCGAGGCGUAGGAGUUCAAGCCGUAGUCACCGAGUAUCUAAUCAGCAACUGUGAGCAGAUAUUCGAUGACAGUGGGGACGACUUUGGCAGCCAUUAUAUUGAAUCCCAGCCCAAUUCCCUUAGCGAUUCUAACAGUCUGCAGAUUCACAGCGGUUUGGAUCAGGAUCUGUCCCUGUCGAUGGAGCGACCGAAGAGCCUAAGUGUAGGUGGCGCUAAGUUGCUCAGCUUGGAGGAAGCUCGGAUCCGCCGGAACUGCAUGGAGAACUCCGAGAAGACUAUUCCGAUCAAUAUUACGAAUCCAUCGACACACAUUGGUUCGUACAUCGAGGUUGGAGGUGGCCCAUCCAGUUUGCCGGAUAAGUACCACACGGUACUACCAGUGCCAAGAAGCUGGAAUAAGCGAAAAUCCCAUUCGUCGUGGAAGUCUAUAUUUACGCGGCAACCACGGCAAUCGAACAGCAAUCAGGAUAUCAAAGAGUACAGUAAUCCAACUACGCCGACAAACAAAGAACCACCGGUGAUAGUGACCAAUGGGCGAACGUUGAAUGAGGAGCAAUCGGUGAAGCACGAUCAGAAUGGAGCUAUUAAGGAAAGCAACAGCGGUUUCCUGCAGGAUAAGAUGACCAAGAGCGUGGAUAUAUUCGAUGGAAAAUCUCUCACCAUCGAAUCGUGUGCCCGGUCCAAUUCGGUUGAUAGUUUACGGACCACCGGUCACAGCCGAUCGGUAUCGCAUGAUUCCUACUUCGAUCUGCUACAGUCACCUCUGAGGGGUGGUGUGGUAACCUGUCCCAGUCGGGAACUGUCCGAGCUGGGGUUGAACUUUGACCGCGAGGAGCCUGAGAUGAGGAUUUUCUCCGAAAGCGAGAGUUUGGUGAGCAGUCCUAAGGUGGCCAAAGAGUCGAUUCGACGUACGCUGAGAGCCAGACCGGAGGAGUACACCAGCGGAGGAAACAGUGUGAACCCUAGUCCCAAGAAGCAACCACGGCUGAACAUCCAAAGUCCGCAGGAUGCCAACAAGCCUCAAUGGAUGAUAGCAUCAAUGGGGACGGGUUCCCUCAAUCCAGACGAAAGUCUGUGCAAGCGUUACAAGCUGGAAGAUCAGUUAAGUGAUAUCCAGUUCAUCGACUGUAACACUCCGGAACACAACGUGUCCAGUGGGGGAUCUUCGCUGAACAGUAACACGAUCUUCACCAGUGCCCAAGUACACAAACCUCCACUGCCAGAGGAUUCCGAUGAUGAGCAUGAGCUGAUUGGAAUCCGAAAUUCUUAUCCGGGGCCGCAGUAUAGUUACGUGAAGUACGAUUCUCCCAUCAAGGAGACCCGGUUCAGCUAUCCGGGAAUGAGUGCCAAAAAUAAGGAGAGCAGCAGCGUUUCGAAAGAGCAGGAAAUGAGUGUGGAUGAGCACCAUCAGCCGCAUGUGCACAAAAACGGCUCAUCGUUGUAUGAGAGUUUCAUUCUGUCCAACCAGGCGUCGUCAUCGUCGUCGUCAAAACCGCCCAAGUAUCCCGGACGUUACAGCUACUACCAGGCGGAAGGUGGUCCUACGGGAAACAACGACGAGGGUCGGGAUGAUGAACAGCUUCAGGUCGUCCCGCGAAGUUGUUCGGAGAAUGUGAUACGGAAGAGCGACACCAGUAAGAGUAAGUUGAGUGUGAUGACCCCACAGUCACCGGUACAAAGUCCGUGCUACUCGUUGCUGGUGGGAUCGACAACCAGUUCCGAUAACAGUAGCAAUAUGACUACUCCGGUGUACGACAUGGAUGUGGCCACCGUUAUUGGUCAAGAGCAGCAACAGCCAUUAGAAAAAACCAAAGAAGAGAUUGAACCGAGAGAUAUAAAAGCACUGAAGCGUGAGCUAUCAUUGGAUCUGAGCGAAGUUGGAGCCAAAGUUGUCUCCGGGAAGCAGUUGACAACGAAGAAAAAUUCUUCCCCAAACACUCCCUCUCAUUUCGCGUCGGAUAACACGACCAAUACGACAACGACCACCACCAGCCAGUCGAUGACGCCAAGUGAGUUCUGCUAUCAGAAUCUAAAUCCGGAAUUAUCUCCUGGAGAGCUUGCCACUUUUGCACAAAAGGUUGCUCCGGGUAAUAAACCUGGAACUCCUAUUAAGGCGACCAUAAACAUUACCUAUAACGUUAGAUCCCCUGUUCGGAAAGAGCAAGAAGGAAAUAUCUUCCGGUCGUCACCGACGAACUCCGGUGGUUCGGUCACUCCAACGUCCUCGAAAAAGGUAGAAGAACUCCUAAAACAAUCGAAUGACACUGACUUGCUGGAGGAAGAAGAAUACCGACGGGAACGAAGGAGUAUCUAUGAAAAUGUCCUGGUGACAUCGCCUGAACCACCAUCAGCGAAAGAUACGAAACGACUGCUGGAGACUAACUUCGAUGAAACGAUGGUUUACGAACAGGUCAAGUUCUACAAAAACGCAGUGUCGCAAGUGAAUGACUUGUUAGACGAGGAGCCCGAGGGAAACCAGAAAUUGCUCACAGACGAAUUAUCGUCAUCUUCCAAGCUGGUGGAUCUCUCGAUCAGCGAAGAUGAAGCAAAAGUACCUGAAACGGAUUCUUUGGAGCAGAAAUCAAAAGUCAAGCUGAAAAUCAAAGAAGAUGAGGACGAAGAAGACGAUGAGGAAGAGAAUACGGAUGGUAUUAAUAAUAACAAACGGGAUUCUCGGAUCGGAACGGAUUCGUCACAAUCGGAGAUUAAGGAUAAGGUGGAUUUCACCAAGAGUGAAGAAGAAAGCGAUGAUGUCCCCAUGUCGGACGUCAACGAUGAUAGUUUGGAAUUUGAUAAUACGGAUGUGUCUUUGUAUGAAAAUGUCGAACUUCGGAAAAAGCCAUUUGCUCCUGUCUAUGAAAAUAUGAUCCCGGGCCCAUUAGUUCCGGCCACAUCCACGCUCAAAUCCACAACGGAUGAUGAAUUCUCAUCGUUUUGUGCCGACCGUAGCGAUAUGGACAAUGAGAUGGAAUACCGGAUAGAAAUUCCUCCCAAGAUAGAGCUCAAACCAACGAGGAAUAACAUCAGCGUGAAAAUGUUGGCCACCAAGUUCGAGACUAGUCCGGUGGAUGUAAAUCCUCCCUUUGACUUCCACCAUCAAUCAAAAUUGAAUAAUAAUCGCGGGAGCACAGGUCCCGUCGUAACAAUUCGCAACAAAUCCGCAAAGGACUAUCAAAAUCUAACGAACAUCACGCGAAGUUUGGACGAGAAUGCCUUUGUUCGGGAAUUUGGCAGCGCCCGAAAGCUAGAAAGCUUCAACAAAAGCAUUCAGCAGAUCCCGGAAAUUGAUAAUAUCCUGAACGAAAAUAAUCCAAAUCGACGCAAGUCGCUAGAUUUCACCAGACCAAAGAGCCUAAAUCCACCGAAAAAACUCCCCACCCUGGUAGGAGAAGGCAUUGAAAAUCACAAGGACGCUGGGGUCCACACGCCGCACGACUGCUGCCGUCAGCAGCAAUCGAAAGCUUCGCCACCUUCCGAACUCAAGCUGGACUUGUCGACCAAAAUCGAAGACACGAAGGAAGCCCGAGCGUACAAUGUCCGCAUCACCCCAACCACCGAAAACCGAAUCUCCCUAGUGCAGUACAACUACGACAACCGACUCAACCGAAAAGACUCCCAACACGAGGAAGAUCGCAACAGUAUAACGAGCAUUUCUAGUCUGAAAAUGUUGGGCAGCUGCAAGCUGGACCGGAGCCGGAUCGAGAAAAUCAAAGAAGAACGUCGCCACCAGCUUAGCGAGAAAUACCGUUCGGAAUCCUUCAAGGGAGAACGUGGCGACUACGGUAAACUAAAAUCCAAGUCCAAAUCCGAACUUCGCGAUUUUCAAGAUUCCGAUACGAUCGACCCAGGUAAAAAGUACGACUCGCUCCGCUUCCGGUCCAAAUCCCGCGUCGAACUAUCCGAUGACCAACCGUACAAUCUCGACCACCAUAAUCUGUCCUCCGCGGUCUCCCUAAACACAAUGAUGAUCCCUGCACCCGGUCGAACGCGCCGAAUUAGUGACGAAAAGAACCAAAAUGAUUGCAUCGUUUCAUCUUCACCGCCUCAGCGCACCGGAAGCGGCAGUAACAACAGUAGUAGCAACAUUCCGCCGGAUGCCAGCAUAUCGCAGGUAUGUGAUAGCAAAUUUGAGCUGAAAACUCGCCAGAAGUUCGACAAACGCGGCAGCACCAGCAGCGUGACGGAUUAUCCGGUGACGCCGAUGAGUGGCGGUGGUGGUGGUGGUGUGCUUCGGGAACGGGACAGCUUCAACGGAGGAUCGACGGCCAAGGGCUUCGUUCGGAACUGUUCCAGCGGAACGCAACGAGAUCGAUUUUCCCCGCAAAUUUCCAUCAAGGACGUCGCUGCCAUGUUCGAGUCACGGUCACAAAAUCAAUCGUAAUCGGAUCGAAUGAAUGGGAAAGGCUUAUGCCGAUGCACGCUAAAAAGAAGGCCUACAUGUGCACCGUUUUUGGAGAUUGCGGUAUUUUUGGAAAACGUUUAGUUUUGGAAACAUACAAUUCUAUACCUAUGCCUUCGUGUUCUACUUGACCAAAAUUUGUACGUUGCAAAUAAAAAUGACUGUUCUGUUUUUUUUUAAUCUGUAAAAUAAAACUAUAUGAGAGGAAUCAAACACUUUAGGAGGAUGAAGAGAAAACACAUUGAUAUUAAUCAGGUUCUUACACUAAGCUUUCAGCUGCAGCUUAAUUAAUGUUGAACAAACAUAAACAUAAAAUGAUAGAAGUUCCAUGCUACUACAACCGACAAAAACACAGUUCGUUUAUUUAAAAAUCUCAUCUCUUACUCAGCAAUUGUGGGAAAAAUGACUUAUGAGCGAGUUAAAAUAUUACACAUUGAAACGUGAGUAAAACAAGUGAGUUGGACAAAAGCAAACAAUGUAGCAAAUAUAUUCGUAAAAAAAUGGACUGCUACUACUGCAAAAAGGGAAACAAAAAGUUGCAUUUAUGCACAAUUCACUUACUGAAAGCUGUAUUGUAUAACGAUACAGUUUACCAACACAUUGAUUCUUGUUAGUGACUGUCGAAGGCUCUUUAUUACUCACAAUCUCUCUUUCGUAAAGUUAUGUUUAUAGAAUCAAACAACAUGAGCUGAUCGCUGAACAUUUUUUGCAACCGUACGGAUAGAUGACGAAUCGAUAGAAUAUAACUACAAACAAGAUGAUAAAAACUAAGGAGAUUAAUCAUGUAGGAAUUUGAUAUGUGAGAAAUUUUAGGAACAAAGAGGCAUCAAAAUGUGUAAAGCAAGUUUGCUAUUAGUGCUGAAGUACGUUCAGUUAUUGAAUAAUUUAACAAUGCUGUAACGAACGAUUAUUCUAUGCAUUGUACAUAUUGGUAUGAAAGGGGAACAGAAGCUCACUAAAGCUGCAUGCAUCACACUUUUCAUUAGAUAGAUUUAUGUUAUAUCGUUUCUUUACCGAUGUUUUGCUUCUGAAACCUGAUUAGCUUCGUUUACAAAACGAAUUGUAUUUAUCUAUUUUGAAACUGUUUUGUUCCGGUUUUGUUUUAAAAAUUUGACGUACGAGAAUAAAUUUGUUUUGUUUUAGAAAAUCUUGUUUCAGUCCAAAAAAAAAAGCGCCGAACGUUAGAAACUUGAAGCAACAUUUUGGAAGAUCAUUUACAGUGUGGGCGAUAGCAGAUUUCAGAAAUCUUAUCGGAGUUUAAAAAAGUUUCAAUAACGUAAUCUGAGUAGAUAAACCGAUGCAGACAAUAAAUCAGUGACAAAUUUUGAAAGCAUGCAAUUGAUAGGUAUCCUUCCUUUUCCAUAAAAAAAAUCUCCAAUAAUUACUUGCUGUAAAUUGAUUUAUCCAAACACUAUCUUCUCAGCUGUUUGCUUAUUUAUGUAAAUACACAUUUGUUUAUUUGAUAAAACAAUUCUAAUGGAAAAUAAUGUGAAGCUUGGCGAACGCACCAACGUUAGAUUCUUUGUAAAUACAUUAAUUGGAAACGAAUAUUUCAUUACCGAUAGGAUAGUGAAUAAAGAUGUCACAAGAAACACAAUAUGUAAAUUUUGCGUUGCAUCAACAACGGAAAGGAAGGAAAGUGAAACUCUCAAAACAAAUACUAACUAAUCGCAAAGCAACACACAGUCAAAACUUACAUAGAAACUAUAACUAACUUGAUAUUAACAUGCGCUACUAUUCGAUAUUGAAGAUAAUCGACCAGCAGCAACAACAACUAGGAAUAUUCAAAACUUAUAAAUGCAUCUUUUGCUAAGCACACACACACUAUCCAGAUCUUUGAACGAAAAAAAUGUUACAAUACAAAAAAAAAACUAAAUGGAAAUAAUGAACCAAGGUAACUGAAUAAAAAUAAAUUCUUUCCUCGUAAACACGUUGAAUUCCAGUGAAAAACUUG